AUGGCGCAAAGAGAGUCGUCCAUCACAGUAUCUGUUCGUGUCAGACCGUUCACAUCUGCUGAAUCUUCCCAUUUGGUGACAUAUCAACAGGAUAACAUAUUCUUAGGUGAUGGUUCUUUAAGCCUCAAGAGUAUAGCAGGAAAGGAGAAUAGCUAUGCACACAAGCGAUACGGGCCAAAGGGGCUCCGAAAGAUUGUUGAUGUUGUAGAUGACAGGAUGUUGAUAUUUGAUCCACCACAUGGGAAUCCUCUGGCUACACUACCAAAGAACACGUUCCAACGAACAUCUGUAAGGUACAAAGAGCAUCGAUUUGUAUUUGACAAGUUAUUCGAUGAAGACUCGUCGCAACAGACAGUCUAUGAGGAAACGGCUAGACCAUUGUUGGAUAGCGUGUUGGAUGGCUUUAACGCAACUGUAUUUGCUUAUGGAGCUACUGGUUGUGGUAAAACCCAUACAAUCAGUGGAACUAUGGAUCAACCAGGAAUCAUCUUUCUCACCAUGAAGGAACUCUUUGAAAGGAUUGAGGAGUUGAAAGACACAAAGCACAUUGACGUUUCCUUGUCCUACUUGGAGAUUUAUAACGAGACUAUAAGGGAUUUGAUGGAGCCAAAUACAGGUAAGUUGUUAACUCUACGUGAAGAUGCAAAUAAUAGAAUCACGGUCUCUAAUCUUUCAUCUCACACACCAAGUUCUGUGCAAGACGUCAUGGAUAUGAUCAUUAUUGGCAAUGGUAACCGUACUUGCUCUCCAACAGAAGCCAAUGCUACUUCGUCAAGAUCGCACGCAGUUCUCCAGAUCAAUGUCAUUCAGCGAAACAGAACAGCAGAUAUACAAGAGGAUCAUACAUUCGCAACACUCUCCAUUAUCGAUCUUGCAGGAAGUGAAAGGGCCGCUGCAACCAAGAACCGUGGCGAAAGACUCCAUGAAGGUGCAAAUAUCAACAAAUCACUCUUGGCUUUGGGUAAUUGCAUCAAUGCAUUAUGUGAUCCGAGACGAAGAAAUCAUGUUCCGUAUAGGGAUUCAAAGUUGACGAGGUUAUUGAAGUUUUCUCUUGGUGGGAAUUGUAAAACGGUCAUGAUUGUUUGUGUAAGUCCAUCGAGUCAUCAUUAUGAUGAGACGUUGAACACUUUGAAGUACGCUGAUCGUGCCAAACAGAUCAAAACUAAAGUUAUCCGAAACCAACACAGUUUGAACAGGCAUGUUGGGUCAUAUUUGAAAAUGAUCACCGAACAGAAACAGGAAAUUGAAGAGUUGAGAAACAGGGAAGGUUUAAAGAUUGAUGAGGCUGUAGAACGUUACAAAGUGAAGGCACAAAGGGUAACAAUAGGUAUACUUGAGCUGCUUGAUACCAUCAAGAAUAAUCUGAACUCAAAGAAGUUCCAGAACUUGAAGAUCAAAAAAUCACUCAUUUUGUGUAAGAGAAGGCUUUUGCUAGAACAACGUAUGGAACUCAAGCAGUAUAUCACAUUCUCUCAAGAAGUUGCAGUAUCACCGGAACUCAAACAGAUCAUUGAAUUAAUAGUGGAGUUGUUGGCCAAAAUUGACGCAAAGAUAACUGAAUUGGAAUAUCUUUAUGAACAAGAGAGUGAGCUCGAUUAUGUUUUAGCAAGUUCAACAGAUGCAGCAAUGAGAAAGAUGUCCGAACUUGAAGGAUGGACUGAAUACGACAAGCUGACACUUGAAACGUCGGUGGCGCUCAUUAAGGACUCAGUGGAGAAAACAAUACUUUACAACGCUUCAAUUUUACAGGACAGAAUUGUUAAU